AUGGCACCCCCUGCAGGCUUCGCGAUAGCCGUCGAAGAUGCCUCCACAACCGUCGCCGCGGCGUUAGCGACCCUCGCAUCACCGUCCUCCGUCGUCGCCUCCCUCGCAUCAGUCGCCGCCGCAACCACGGCGACACCGACAUCAACAACACCCACCGACGCCGCCGCCGCUGUGGCCGCCCUCGUCAAGCCCUCCGAGGGCGACUGCGAGCUCCUCGGCAACUUUGCCCUCCUCGUGCAGCUGGCCCUCGGUGGCCUGGCCCUGCUCGUCCUCGUGUACAAGCGCUGGAAGGAGCGCCCGCAGCGGCCCGUCAAGAUUUGGUUCUUUGACGUGUCGAAGCAGGUGUUUGGCUCGGUCCUCGUGCACAUUGCCAACGUCUUCAUGUCCAUGCUGACGUCGGGCCGGUUCAACGUCCAGGUCGAGCCGGCUUCGGCUGCGACGGUGGCGGGACGCAUGCUCGCGAGCAGGGCCGACGACUACACGCCGAACCCGUGCUCUUUCUACCUCCUGAACCUCGCCAUCGACACAACCAUCGGCAUUCCCAUCCUCAUCGGCCUCCUGAAGGUCUUCACGCUCGGCCUCUCCUACACCCCCCUCGGCAAGCCCGCCGAGUCAAUCCAGUCUGGCAACUACGGCAGCCCGCCCAACGCCUGGUGGUGGCUCAAACAGUCUCUCAUCUACUUCUGCGGCCUCUUCGGCAUGAAGGUCGUCGUCCUGCUCAUCUUCCUCGUCUUCCCCUGGAUCUCCCGCGUCGGCGACUGGGCCCUGCGCUGGACCGAGGGCAACGAGCAGCUUCAGAUCUUCUUCGUCAUGAUGUUCUUCCCCCUCAUCAUGAACGCUAUGCAGUACUACAUCAUCGACUCGUUCAUCAAGAAGGCCGUCGGUGGCGACCACGAGCGCGUGCCCGAGGAGGACCCCGAAUGGGCCUCAGCCAACGCGGCCGCAAGCCCCUAUGAUGACCGCUCCGGCCUCUUCGACAGUGAUGACGAGGAAGACCAGGACUCGGACGCCACGGCCAAGGUGCGGCAGAGCAGCAAGCAGCUGCUGAAGCAGGACGAGCCGCAAGAGUACGACCCCGACCUCGACGGCGAUGCCCAGACGAUUGUCGGUAGCAGCGCAAGUCGUCGGCACGAGCCGCGGGUCAAGGUGUCGCGGGAUCUCUAUCCCAGGGAGUAA